AUAACUUGGGCAACUCUGACUUACUUUCCUCUUCCUCGGAAAAAAAACCCCUCCUUUUGUCCAUCUCUGUGGAACAGUCGAUGAUGUCUGAAACCAGGUGCUAGCGCGACACUUCGCUCAAAGAGUAUAUCUGCGUGCGUGAUUAGGCUAUGUGUAGGAAACCAGGAAAACGCGGAGUGGAUUUCUAUUGCUAUGGGUAUUCCCUCUACUGAUAAAGUGGAACGGAUUUGAUUGUGAAGCAAUGGAAAGAACGCUGGACUAUCUACAGCUAGUAGACCAGCCAUGCACUAAUAUUUUGAUGGCAAAUGUGGGGGGGUCCAAACGACUUUUUUUUUCAAAGUGAGGGGGACGUGACCCCCCCCAAGUUAUAUUGUGGCGACGCCCAUGCCUGAACCACUGAUGACUGAUGAUUUGAAUCUGCUUGCUUCUGAUUCUAUCUGCCCCAGUAAACUGCAGAUCAGUUUUAAGUGGCACAAAGAUUCAGUGAAGACACGUGGAUUUCCAUGUUCCUUUAUUCACGCUGUUAGAGGGGGAAAAAACGACUUGAGGUGACCAUGACGGAGGCAGAGCUGGUCUUUCAUAAAAAGAAGAAGAACAAGACCAAGAAGCAACUUUUAGAGGCGGUGCCGGAGCCCGGCAAACCUCCUGAGACAACCACUACGGGUGUCGACUCUCAUAAGAAACAUAAACACAAAAAGAAGAAAACAAAGAGUGAGAAAGAUGACUGUAGACCCGAGGGCCAGUGUGACACAAGAGAAGGGCAACUCAAAAAGAAAAUGAAACACGAUGCAGAGAACGUAAGUGUGACACAGGAGGCUGCAGAUGCUGCUGCUCCUCAGGAGAGAGAGGUGAAGAAAAAGAAGAAGAAAAGGAGAAUUGAAGAGCCAGACCGUCCUGGAGAGAACUCAGAAGCAGAGGCGGCACUCACAGCGGUGCAAACCAACCUUGAACCAGUCCCCCAGAAACGAGUGAAGCGCAAGGUGAAGGUCAGAAAGACACACACACAGCCUGCUGCAGACACACACUCUCCCACAGACGCACGGCUUCACCCAGAUGAUGUGCCUAAAGCGCCUGUGCUGGACAUUGACGAUGCCAUCCGGCAGGAGAUCCUGGAGUUCAUGCCUCGCUUCACGUUUUGCAACACCGUCGAUGUGAAGAAUGUCAUCAGGUACGACCUGCCCCGCUUCAGGGUAUACAAGAAGCAAGGGAUCCCUCUGCGAACAGGAUGGCUCACCGCGGCCGAGAACAAGCAGCUUAAACAGAACGUGAAGGACUUCCUGGCCGUUUCCGGGAUCGACAGCGAGUUCAAGCUUUUUAGACCCCAACGCUUCCCAGAUGAGAUGGUUACCAUCCGAAGGCUGAAGAGGAAGUUCAACUUCCUCAGGAGUUUAUGCGCUGGGAUCCCUCGUUCCUGGAUAUCUAUAUUGAAACGAGCCAGGAACUUCUGCAACAGGGAGAAUUACUUGGGGAGGUUUACAGAAGAUGAGAACAAGGUCUUGAAGAAUCUGUAUGUGCUGCAUGGGUCAAACUGGACGACCAUAUCAGACAAGAUGGGCCGCAGUGGUGCUGCCGUGAGGAAUCGAUUUUGCCAGAUGUCUGAGGUUUAUGGGCCAUGGUCAGAGGGAGAGUUUAAGGUCCUCCUGACGUGCUUACACCAGCAGCUGCUGAAGAGGGCUGAGCCUGGAGGAGAGGGCGACGACGGGUCUGCGGUCAUCCAGAAGAUGGACUUGUAUAAGAAACUGGAGUGGAGCCGUGUGGCCAAGCAGGUCCAGACUCGCAGCUGGUUGCACUGCAAGCACAAGUGGAUGACUUACCUGAAGGGUAAAAUGAAGACUGGUGGAAAGAUCCAAGGGAGGAAGAGCAUAGAGGGGCAGAUCCAGCUGAUCAAAGCGAUCAAUGAAAUGGCUGUGGAGGAAUCUUCAGACAUCGUGUGGGAUGACCUCACUCAUCUCUUUGGCAACACCCCACCUGACUACUUACAAAAGAGGUUCUACCAGCUUAAGGUGACCUAUAUACCAGACUGGAACAGAAAGUCUUUCUGUGACAUCAUUGAUUUCCUGUAUGAGAAGACCCUGCCAAAGCUGGAGGAGGACCUGAAGGGCUGUAAGGAUGAUGAUGAUGAUGAGCCCGCAGAGCUGCGACAGUCUUACAAGCUGUCAGAGAUCUUCCCCAACCUCUGAAACACCCCAACGCCACCCCCACUCAUCACCAGAGAGACAAGUCACUCUUCCAAGCUGUCAGAGAUCUUCCCCAACCUCUGAAACACCCCAACGCCACACCCACUCAUCACCAGAGAGACAAGUCACUCUUACAAGCUGUCAGAGAUCUUCCCCAACCUCUGAAACACCCCAACGCCACACCCACUCAUCACCAGAGAGACAAGUCACUCUUACAAGCUGUCAGAGAUCUUCACCAACCUCUGAAACACCCCAACCCUGACCCCACUCGCCUAACCUCCUCACUAGGGGCCGUGUGAAGUUUGAAACACUAGUGACUGAAUUAACAUUUAAUUGCUCAGGCCUUUUCCAAAGAAGUUCAGAUAUUUAUAAAUGAUUGAAGAAAAUAUUAGCUUUGUCAUUUUUUUUUUUACAUUUCCUGAAACUGGUGUAUUUUAGUAUUUUUGUAAAAUGUAUUUUUAUGCACUGAGUUCAAUAGUAAAUGAAGGAGUUUUAAA